GCCAUUCGUGCCUCGCGCCGCUGUAUCGCGCAUAAUCGCAUACGUCGCAUAGCCGCCGAGCCGUAAAUAUACAGACGAUUCAACAUUGCGCAAAAUUGACUUUUCUUCAGAAAAAAAUGGAAGACACCAUGUCCUCUGUGAUUACGGAGAUGUUCAACUCGUUUCAAGACUCUCUGAACAACGAGCAAGAAGUGCGCGAGCAAAUUCGUGUCAUUGUGAAGAAUAUUGAGAAAAGUUCCAGGGACAUAUUAAUGACAUUGCAAAAUAUUCAUACUGUACAACACACAAUGGAGGAAAAUAUAAUUGUGUCGAAAUAUUGUUCAAAGGCAAGAGAAAUAUUUGGCGACAUAAGGACACAAUAUGCAAGUCUGGCUGAAGUGGUACCAAGCAAUCAGUAUUACCGUUAUCACGACCAAUGGCGUUUUGUUACUCAGAGGCUGUGCUUUCUAGUUGCUCUAGUAAUAUAUUUCGAAAUUAAACUUUUAGUCGACAAAAAGACUGUUGCGGACAUAUUAGGAGUGAAAAAUAACCGUGAGGAUGGCUUCCAUCUAGAUCUGGAGGAUUUUCUGUUGGGAUUACUACAGCUAUCCGCCGAAUUGAGCCGUUUCGCUGUAAACAGUGUCACGAAUGGUCAUUACUACUGGCCAAUGGAAAUCGCGACAUUUGUUAAUGAACUGAAUGCAGGGUUUCGGCUAUUAAAUUUAAAGAAUGACAUACUGAGAAAACGGUUUGAUGCUCUCAAAUACGACGUGAAGAAGAUCGAAGAGGUAGUGUACGACUUAUGUAUUCGCGGUUUAAUACCGUCUUCCCGGCCUAUUGAAGAAACGCCUACUGAAGAAACGCCCACCGAAUAGAUUUCUAUACAACUUUCCACAAUAUUUUACAUUUAUAUACCUCCAUGUGUACAACGUGCGAAGAGAGAUACGGUUCAUACGUAAACAUACAAUAAAAAUAUUUUAUAUAUUUUUUUUUUAGAUUUUUAUACUUUAGAUUAUGUUAGCGUUCGCCAAUAUAAUCGGAUUAUUUCAGA